AUGGCGUCGGAAUGCAAAAAGUGCGGCAAGAUCCUGACGUCUUUUAUCGAUCCUCGACAGGCCUUUGGCCCCGAUAAGAUUAUUCCUCCUUCCGUCCUCGCCAAUGCCAAGGGCCUCGCAAUUCUCACAGUAAUCAAGGCCGGUUUCCUCGGUUCCGCUCGCUUCGGUAGCGGUCUUGUCGUCUCCCGCCUGCACGACGGCACCUGGUCCGCUCCUUCCGCUAUCGCCACUGCCGGCGCUGGUUUUGGUGGCCAGAUCGGCCUCGAGCUCACCGAUUUCGUCUUUAUUCUCAACGACGCCAGCGCUGUCAAGACCUUUGCCCAGGCCGGUUCCCUCACGCUCGGUGGCAAUGUCUCCAUCGCCGCCGGCCCCGUAGGCCGCAACGCCGAAGCCGCCGGUGCCGCCUCUCUCAGGAGCGUCGCGGGCAUCUUCUCCUACUCCAAGACCAAGGGCCUCUUCGCCGGUGUCUCUCUCGAGGGCUCCGCCAUCAUCGAACGCCGCGACGCCAACGAAAAGCUCUACGGCACGAGAUACACCGCGCAGCAGCUUCUUAGCGGCUCCGUCCGACCUCCGCCGCAGGCUGCGCCCCUCAUGGAUAUCCUUGGCUCGCGCGUGUUUAGCGGCAUGCGCUCCGGCGGUACGACCACCGACUCGUCCAUGUACAACGAUGUUCCCGUCUACGACAACCGGCACGACGACGUCGUUUGGGACGGAAAUAGGGAAGUGCGUAUGGCGAGGGCACAACCCGACGUAACUCGGGAGACUACGGUCGCGGUGGCGGAGCAGAAGGCGCUACUGAAGAAGAACGAGGCGGUGGCGCUGUUCACCUUUGAAGCCGACCAACCUGGCGACCUCAGCUUCAAGAAGGGCGACGUCAUUACCGUCCUAAAAAGACGGAGAGCGAUAACGAUUGGUGGACCGGCAUGA